CUUCUCCUUGUUCUAUGUUUUUACGUACCGAAUUCUCAUUACUCAGUGUUUCGAUGCAUUAACGUAGCGGAACCUCGCUUCCGUAAAGUUCAAUUUUUACGCUGAUAAGUACUUGUCACUAAGAGAGAUCUGGGGUUUCAUUUUCAGUAAAGUAACAUUUUCUAAGUGAUGUCAGAAUCCAUGGACGAACGAAGUAUCAGACUUUAUUUUGAGAGGAUGAGGAAUCCUCGUCAAAAUCAACCUUCUCAAUCCGAAGAGCAAGCCGCAAUCAGGCGCAUGCAAGAGGCUCAGAGGAUGGCCAGGCACAGAGCAAAAAAGAAGCGUUGUUUGGACGAGAAUCUUGCUAGGGAAAUUUCAAAGAUAGCAGAAAUGUCAAAGAUGCCUGAUAAUUCUGGUAUGCCUGAAAUUUCUGAGCUGAAUAUGAACAAAAUUUCAGCCGAGUUGAGGCAAAUGAUGGAAAGAGGCAAAGUGUCUGAACAUAUCGUUCAGAUGGCUCAGAUUGCUGAAUUCAAUAAAAUGAAUGAAAUGAACAAAAUGUCACAAGAUAUGAAUAGGAAGUACGAAAUGGAAAAAAUGACAGAAUAUGCCAAAAAUAACGAGUUAAUGAAAAUUCAAAUGCAAAUGAACGAAAUAGCCAAGAUGAACGAAAUGGUCAAAUAUUCUGAGAUGGCCAAGUAUUCAGAUAUAAAUAAAAUGAAUGAACUUGCCAAAAUGAAUGAAAUGAUGAAACUCACACAAAUGGCUAAAAUGAAUGAAAUGGCAAAAAUCAAUGAAGUCCAGAGAAUGAAUGAGUUUGCUCAAUUAAAUGAAAUGGUUAAAAUGUCGGAAAUGGCCAAGUACAAUGACUUUAAUAAGUUAAAUGGAUUAGCUUUUAAUGAAGUGGCAAAGGAAAUUGCAAAAAUGAAUGAAAAAACUAAGAUGAAUGAGAUGAUUAAAAUGGCUAAUAUGCAAACUGACAUGAAUCAGAUGGUUGAUUAUUCUAAAGUAUCGGACAUGGCUAAACUUACUGAAUUAGCUAAAUUUAAUGAAAUAACUAUCACGAAAUUAGUAGACCCACCCCAUCAACAACCACAACAGCAACAACUGCCACCGCCGCCUCAAACCCAUCAACCACCUCCACCCAAGGUACAGGAUAUACCUAGGAUGUCUGAACCUAUUAUAAAUGUUCCAAAUCCCAGAAAUCUGCAAAAUGUUCAAACAGUCCAAGUAGCACAAUCUAGCCCGUUGAACAAUGUUAACUUUUCGUCUACACCAGCGGGUCAAGGAAAAUAUGCUCAAUUGUUAAGCAUAAUUGAAGAAUUGGGUAGAGAUAUUCGUCUUUCUUAUGCCGGAAGUCGUAGUGCAGCUGAGCGUCUAAAAAUUGGAAUACAACAAGCUCGAAUCAUUGUACGUGAAUGUAUAAUGGAAACUGAACAUAAUGCAAGACAAUAAUUUGUUAUUAUACAAACAAAAGAAUGUCUUGUACUGGUCAUUUUUUUCUCUUUAUAUGAACAUUUUUUAUAAUCUUAUAUUUGAAAAAGUAUUCAUUAUGAAGUGAAAAAAUUUUUCCAAUUUAUCAAUUUUGAAAUUAAUUAAUAUAUGUGCACAUAAAUUUAGUUCAUAAGCAUGUAAAGUAUAUUAAUUUUGUGCUAGUUAAUGUUUCAUAAGGAGAAUCUCAACGUGAAUGCAAAUGAAUUAGCUUAAUUGUUUAAGACAAAUUUUAAGGAUUAUUGUAUCCUUUUGAGAAUUUUAUUGUUUUUUUUUGGAUUCAUGGUUUUAAUGAACUCACAUUAUCAUAUUUUAGAUAAUGUUAAAUACUUUCUGAUGUACAAAAAAUUGUAUAAUUUAUUCAAGUACUUUUUAUAGCAAUAAUUUAUCAUUUACAAUUAUAUUCAGCUCAUAUAACAUAAAUAAAAAAUAAUUAAUAAAACGAUAUUUAUCGAUCAAGAUACUG